AUGGCGAUUGCGGGUGUCGUGUUCCUCGCUUUGGCGGGCGUCGGUGGCUUCUUGUCGGCGACGGGGGCCAACAUCCUCGCCUGGUCGAGUUUCAGCACGCGAACGCUGGGGAAGCAAUGGACCAAGCUUCAGUCAACCGGAUUUGUUGUCGCAUGCAUCGUCCUCAACGCGUCUGGCAUCCUCCUCUUCGCCAUGUCUACGGCUCUGGGAGGCGCUGUGGCCACCGUCAUGCCCAUCCAGACUGGGGCCAACCUUCUGGGCAACAUGUUCUGGCAAACCACCCUGGGCAUGAAGUACUACAACAAGAGCAUGCGUGUGGGCACCCUCGUACUGGUCUUCGCCGUGGCGGAGCUAGGAGAGAUUGGGCCCAAUGAGCCAGACCUGCCGGUGCUCGAGCUGAUGUCCGACCCUGUGGCUAUUGCUUGGAUGGCCUUCAUGGGUAUCAGCACGUUGGUGGCCAUCUAUGCAACUUACAAAACUUACGGCCGUCCAAUAGACUCGACUUCCAAACUCUGCAGCUUCGUUUCUGUUGUGACCCUGACAACCGUCAUCGGAGCCUCCGUUGGGAAAUGCUUCUUGAAAGUGAAGGGUGCUGCCUUUGCUUUAGUGGUCUGCCUCUACUUCUUGGACGGCAUCUUCUGUAUGGCCUUCACGGUGCUGGCCAACGCACAGUGCGAUGUGGCUAUCUUUAUUCCUGCGCAGCUCUCUUCUCAACUUGUGCUGAACAUGCUGACAGGCUACCUAGUUUGGGGGGAUGGCGCGUACGUGGAGCACACCACGUCGUACCUUCUCGUUUCUUAUCGGACCUUAAAAACACUUCUUAGUUUGGGCAAAGUAUAA